UGAGAUUUUCUUCACGAAGAAAGGGGUUAGAAAUUUUUUAAACCUCAUAUUCUUGUAGAGCUCGACGAGCUCUAUCGAAUGAUGUAUCUUUUAAACAAAUCGAAAAGUCACGGAAACUUUGAAUUACUCGCACCUUAUUACUAUUUUAGAUAUUACUAUUACUUACUUAGAAUACUAUGCUUUAUAACGUGAAACUGAAAAAUACACUGCUUUCGAGUAUGUGUACUGACAGUAUACGAAGUUGGAUAUUUGAAGAAAAUAAAAUGUAUUGUCACACAGUCUAGAACAUUCUAAAAUCUUUCAGUUGAACGUGGAACUAAGAAACCAUAAGAAUGAGUGAUGUGUAGACUAACUAGUUCAUAUUUUAUUGUACUUUCUUAAACGUCUCUAGAAAUGUCUCUUGAAAGAAUGUCAUUUCCCGUAUCAAUUAACUCAGUUUCACAAUAUUUGAACUUUUAGACAGUACACUUAGUGGACCAGCUGGUAUCUAUGUCGUUAGUAGUUCAGGAAAUCUGUAUGUAGCUGAUAAUCAUAAUAGCAGAGUGGUACGAUGGUCGCCGGGUGCAGAUCCUAGUACCGGUGGUGUACCUGUCGCUUCUGAUACUCUGAGUUUGGUAUAUGAUGUUAUAUUUACUGCAGACGAACAAACGCUGUUUGUAACUGAUGGAACAGAUAGCGUUAAAAGGUUUACCGUUGGUGUUGACAAUGCUACGAUAUUCGCUGGAAAUGGAGCAGCAGGUUCUGGCCCUUACCAGUUAGAUAGUCCUGCAGGUUUAGCUUUGGAUUCAACUGAGCAAUAUUUAUACGUAGUCGAUACGAACAAUAACAGAGUUCAACGAUUUUAUAUUCCAAGUUGUUAA